AUGGCGACGGAUCUUCACUCUCCACUGCCAAAAUCCGCCACUGAUCUAUUCGGGGACCCGAAAGAGGACGCCCACCCGUUAUGGCUGAAACCGACCAAGUUCCUGGAUCCGGAAUUCGAUCCGGAGUCCUACAUAUCUGAUCUCCGCACCUUUGUGCCGUUCGACACUCUCCGGUCGGAGCUCCGGUCACAUUUGAGUGCUCUAAAGCACGAACUUGUUGAGUUGAUUAAUCGAGAUUAUGCGGAUUUUGUUAGUCUUAGUACUAAGCUUGUUGAUGUGGAUGCGGCAGUGGUUCGAAUGAGGGCGCCGUUGCUCGAGAUCAAGGAGAAGAUUCUUGCAUUCCGAAAUGCGGUUGACGGGUCGUUAAUGGCUCUCCAGAGCCGGCUUAAGCAGCGCGCUGAAGCCAAUGAGGCCCGGGAGGUUUUGGAGUUGUUGCUGGAUACAUUUCAUGUCGUUUCCAAGGUUGAAAAAUUGAUAAAGGAGCUUCCUAGUGUGCCAGCUGAUUGGGCCAGCGGCAAUGUUAAUUCUAUAGAAAAGGGUCAAUUAAGCAACGGUAUCUCAUUUCAAGAUGCUGACAAUGGAACAAACCUUAGAGAGACUCAAAGUAUGCUUCUGGAAAGAAUUGCAAGUGAGAUGAAUCGGCUGAAGUUCUAUAUUGCUCACGCAAAGAAUAUGCCCUUCAUUGAGAAUAUGGUGAAGAGGAUACAGAAUGCUGGCGUGUUGUUGGAUACAAGUUUGGGACACUGUUUUGUAGAUGGACUUGAGCACAAAGAUGCAAAUGCAAUAUACAAUUGCCUACGUGCAUAUGCUGCUAUUGAUAAUACCAUGAGUGCUGAAGAUAUUUUUCGCUUAAAAGUCGUGGCACCAUUUGUACAGAAGGUUAUCCCUCACGGCUCAUCCAGUGCAGUUGGUGGGGAAUCUGCAGAUGAACUUGACCAAGACUAUGAAAGAAUCAAGCAAUACAUUGAUGAUGAUUGUAAUUUUUUAUUGGAAAUAUCUUUUACAGAAAAUUCGGGUCUACAUGUAUUCAGCUUUCUGGCCAAUUCAAUUCUCAGAGAGGUUCUAUCAGCAAUCCAGAAAGGAAAACCUGGUGCUUUCUCUCCUGGAAGACCCACAGAGUUCCUAAAAAAUUACAAAUCAAGCCUAAAUUUCUUGGCUUACUUAGAAGGUCACUGCCCCUCUAGUUCUGCAAUUGCUAAAUUUCGGGAAGAAGCAGUCUAUAUGGAAUUUAUAAAGCAAUGGAAUACUGGGGUCUAUUUCACAUUGAGAUUUCAGGAAAUUGCUGGGAUGCUGGAAUCUGCACUUGCAGUUACUGCACUUCAGCCCUCUCAAAACUUGUCCUCAGAUCAGGGACAUUCUUUAAACUUAGUAUUGAAGCAAAGUAUCUCUCUUUUGGAUUGCUUGAGAUCAUGCUGGAGAGAUGAUAUUUUCGUCCUUUCUUGUGCUGACAAGUUUUUACGCCUGUUUUUGCAACUUCUUUCACGAUUCUCAAACUGGUUGUCAGUUGGAAUGGAUGCUCGCAAAGCUGGUAAUGCAGGUUCCAAAUCUGGAUCUGAGUGGGCUAUUUCUGCUAGCCCAGAAGAUUUUCUUUAUAUAAUUCAUGAUCUAAAUUGUCUGGUGGAGGAAAUUUGUGGCGGUUACCUAGGGUAUGUGCUUGAGCUUCUCAAGUCGUGUUCCCCUGAAGUGCUUGAUCUUGUAAGGCAGAGUAUUUUGCGGGGCGGAAAUUCCCUGAAAGUUCUUCUACCUCUUGUAAUGAAUUCAAUAAUAGAAACAUUGGUUGAAAAAUCGGUGGAGGACUUGCGACAGUUGAAGGGAAUAACUGCAACGUAUAGGGUGGGUCAGAGACCGCUUCCUGUUAGGCAUUCACCAUAUGUAUCAGGGGUAUUGCGUCCUUUAAAGGCUUUUCUUGAUGGAGAGCGAGUUGCCGUGUAUUUAACAGGCAACCUCAGAAAUGAACUCUUGCAGAGUGCUACUAGUGAGAUUACUCGCAGAUAUUAUGAAUUAGCUGCUGAGCUCGUUAGUGUGGCAAGAAAGACGGAGUCUUCUCUUCAGAAAAUACGUUUAGGUGCACAAAAGCGAGCUGGAGCAAGCACAGAGGUAACAGACCAUUCUGUGUCUGAUACUGACAAGAUGUGCAUGCAGUUAUUUCUUGAUAUUCAGGAGUACGCACGAAACCUUGCAUCCCUGGGUGUUGAUGCUGCAAAUAUUCCCUCGUAUCGGUCCUUGUGGCAAUGCGUUGCACCUCGAGACAGGCAAAAUACAAUAAACUUCUAG